AUGACUUGCCAAACUCCAGCCCUGAAAAUGUUAAGGUCAACGUUCGUAUACCUUCUGGCCACAUCGUUACAGUGUGGCCUGAUCUACAUGCUGUAUAAAAACCAAACUCGAUCAAUCACAGCGUCCGAUGUCGACAAACAGGAUACACCCGCCUUGUCACAUGAUCAACUGAUGGUUGCGGCGUUUCACCAGAAAAGACAAUUUGUCGUACACGAGCAGGAGUUCCAGCCAAUGGUUAUACCUUUCUCCCGGAACGAGUCAUUCGACUAUAAAUCAGCCAUGCAGAAACUGAAUGAUGAGAAAGUAAGUGCGGAUGAUCCACGGCUUAUCAGACUUAUCCGGGAUUACUACAUUGAUCCGCCAUCGACGGAGAAAUAUAACCUGGAUAAUCCGGACAGCCUGGAAUACUCCGUUGGCCAAACUCCUUUUGUUGAUAGUAGGCUCAACUAUAUGGAGGGCGGUUUCUACAUCGAGUGCGGCGGGCUGGACGGAGAGAGAGGUUCGAACACGCUUUUCUUCGAGAAGGUUCGGAGGUGGAACGGCUUGUUGAUAGAAGCUGACGAGUCCAACUACGCCCUUCUCAAGGGGAAGCACCGGAAGGCAUUCACCAUGAAUGCCUGUCUUAACACAGAAUCGUAUCCGGCGAUGAUGACGUUCAACAAGGCGUUCAAUAGAGGUCGAGUUGUCCAUGGGGAGGAGGCCCGAAAUUGGAUCAGGAAUAGACACCUCAAGAUUGACGAAGUCUCUGUGCAGUGUUUCCCGCUCUAUUCCAUUCUUCUCGCGCUAAACCAGCUUACUGUUGAUUUCUUCAGUCUUGAUGUCGAGGGAGACGAAAUGCGCGUUCUUCAGACUAUUCCGUUCGAUAAAAUAGAUAUAAAAAUGAUGACAGUAGAAUUUAUUCACCAGUCUCGUAAUGGAAAGGAUUUGAAGCCGUUUGUUGAGAGCAAAGGUUACGAUUCGCUGUUGAAAGUAACCAGGUGGGAUGGACGCGUGAAUGAUAUUAUAUUCCGAAAAAAAGGUCUCACUCAUUGA